AUUUAUUGUUGUUGUUGUUUUAAAUAUAAGUGGUUUAAAGGAUGUUUAAGACUGAAUUCCUUUUAGCACAAUAAGUUCUUUUAUACUCAGUUUAAAUGGAAAUAACUGAAAAAAUAAUUUAAAAUGCCUAGAAUAUCUUCAAAUGGAAAAAUUCUGUUAAAAGAUAAACUGUAUAAUAUGUAUAUGGACAGGGAGUUUGUAGACACAGAAAUAUUAGUAGAAGAUGGAAUAAUUUCAGCUCAUUGUGUUGUUCUGGCUGGUGAAAGUCCAAUAAUCGCACAAAUGGUACAACAUCAGAGAGCAGAACCGAAAACAUUAAAUUUAAGACAGUUUUCAAAGUUAGUUAUGAGGUAUAUAUUGGAGUACAUGUAUAAAGGAGAUAUUAUGUGUCAUAUAGACGAUGAAACGAGAUUUAAAGAAGCUGCAGAAUUCUUACAGCUUCAAGGAUUUAAUUCUGUAAAAAGAGAACCUUCCAGUAGUCCUAGAGCAGAAAGAGUUAUCACACAGGCUCCAAUUGUGCCAGUGAUAUGUAUAUCAGAUGAGAGCAAUAGCAGUCAUAGCAAAUCAGACAUAGAGGAAAUAAUUAAACCUAGGAAAAGGAUUAAACUUAAUAAGUCUGCAGGAAGCAGGAGUGAAUCAGUAGGAAGCUGCAAUCAUUCAAACGGAGACGUGUCCUUCGAUUUCUUUAUAGAUAACACUUUGAAUAAUAAUGAAAUUGUUGGUGAUCAUCAAUCAUAUAAAUAUACCCAUAAUAAAACUCGAACUCGGCCAAUAGCACCCCUGAUUGCCGAUAGUAAUAAUAGUGAUGCAGAACUAGAAGACUCAAGCCCUGAUUUUUGUUUACGUGUAUCAAAAAAAAAAUCCGUGACGAAUUGUGAUAAAAAUAAAAAAGGUAACUCUUCUAAAAAGCGAAGUGAAGAAUCAAUAAAGUUAAAUAAAACUCAUCAAAACAAAGUAAGCAAUAUUCCUGAAAGUACAACACCAGAUAAUUCAUUACUUUUAAUAGAAAAUCCUCCUUCAAUAGUAGAAAUUUCCGAAUUGACACAAGUUAAUUCUGUACCAGUUCAAAGAGAAGAUCUGGGAUCGUCUGAAACAACGAUACACACAGAUGAUGCAGAAAAUUCCUCCCUAAAUGUAGAACCUCCACAAAGUCCAGAAAGGAAUGAGCAACCACAGGCAGAAACGAGUAAUCCUCCGGAUGUGGACAACGAAACUCAUCCGGCAAAAAGUGAUAAGGGACCAAAAGGUAUAUGGAGGUCCAAACACAAUUCAAAGAAAUUUGGUAGAAGUUUUUGUGUAAUAUGUAAUAAAAAUCUAAAACGUAUUAAAACCCACAUCAAACUCAACCAUAAACCGUCUGUGAGGAAAGCUAAGUUUAAGUGUUUGAAAUGUUAUAAGAACUUUUACUUUGAAAUUGUCUUAAAAGAUCAUCGAGAAAAUUACUGUAAAGAUGAAUGAUUAUUUCAAUAUACUGUUUAUUUUUU